AUGCCAGAAAAUGAUGAAAAGCAACCCUCGGCCGAGAGCAUAUCAAGAGAUCAACCACUACAACUACAACUCGUCCCAGAACCUGAAUCCAGCUGCUGCCCGAAAGGCGAGUCAGAGCCGGUGUUAGACCCGAGCGAAUCACUAUACGCACCUGCAUACAGCAUUUUCGGCAAAUAUGAAAAAUGGUUCCUAGUUGGAAUGGCCGCAGUGACAGGACUGUUCAGUCCUCUGCCGGCAAACAUUUACUUCCCAGCCCUCGUAACUCUAGCCAAGGUCUUUGAUCGAUCGACUGAAGAGCUCAACCUCACAGUGACAGUAUAUCUGGUCAUGCAAGGAGUGUCGCCUAUGCUCUGGGGACCUUUAUCUGAUCGUCUGGGUCGCAGGCCCAUAUUCCUCGUUUGUCUCUUCAUUCUAAUCGGCUCCAGUAUCGGACUCGCACUGUGUCCGACAUCGGCGUUUUGGCUCUUGCUUCUUAUGCGCAUUUUCCAAGCUGGUGGCUGUGCAAGUACCAUUGCACUCGGAGCUGGUGUCAUUGGAGACAUUGCAACAAAUGAGGAACGUGGUGGGUACUUUGGCAUGUUCAAUCUUGGCCCUAUGCUAGCUCCCUGCAUAGGGCCAGCAAUUGGUGGUGCUCUUUCUCAACAUCUUGGCUGGAGAAGUAUCUUUUGGUUUCUGACUGCUUUCUCUGUGGUAUGCUUCAUUCUGGUCUUGCUAUUCCUACCGGAAACUAUGCGAGGACUUGUCGGGAACGGCAGUAUCUCACCAAAGGGGGCUAUCUACCGCCCACUCGUUCCAAUUAUUGGACAGAGAGCAGCAAGAUCUAAGCCAGAGAUGAAAUCAGAGAAACCACAAGCUAAACAAGGAUCCAUGAAUCCUUUCCGUCUGUUAACUUACCCCGACAUACUGUUGACAUUGACCUAUACCGGCAUUGUAUACGCCGUGAACUAUACAAUCACAGCUACAAUCAGCUCAUCAUUCGCCAAAGUCUACCCUUUCCUGUCAGAAACUAAUAUUGGGCUUUGCUAUCUGACAACCGGGGCUGGUAUGAUCCUCGGUUCGACUAUUACCGGCAAAAUGUUGGAUCGCGACUACGCGAAAAUCAAGGCUGCAUAUCUCGACAAUAGAGAAAAGUCGCUGCAGGACUCUACCCAAGAUGAGGAUUUCCCAGUUGAAUAUGCACGUCUCCGAACGAUGCCUAUACACCUUUUUCUUUUCGUCGGAUGUGCUAUUGCUUGGGGUUGGUGCAUAGAACGAAAGUUAUCAAUUGCAGGGCCGUUGAUUCUUCAAGUAGUUUUGGGAUGGACCUCUAUCUCUAUUCUCAAUGCGACAAUGACACUGAUGAUUGAUAUUGUUAAAAAACAGAGUUCCGGUGUUAUUGCCUGUACAAACCUUGUUCGCUGUUCGCUAGCUGCAGUCCUUGUCUCGGUGAUUGACAAGUCUACUGAUAGAUUAGGCUAUGGCUGGACCUAUGUCCUCCUUGCUGCUAUUUGUUUGCUCCUCUUACCAUUGAUCUUGAUGGAGAUGCGAUUAGGCCCAGGAUUUCGACGGAAACGUGGUGGAUGUGAUAUCCUGAGAUGA